AUGAAGGGCUUCGUUGGUGGGAUUCCCAUCGCCCUGCUGGCAGUUGCUGCCCAGGCCAUGGACCACAUGGAUAAUGACUACCCGGGCACCGGUGUCGGUGGUACUGCCAUGGGUGGUCCGUCCGGUGCGGAUAUGGACGGUGGCUUCAACUCUCUCCCCGUCGAUGUCCACACUCACACCAAUGUCAACGAGUUCAGCAAGGACGACCACUCUAUCACAGUGAAGAACAAGGAUGUCUACCCGCCCCCGCCAAUGCCCAUUCCCUACGGAGUUGCCAUGGCCCCCGGCAUGGGCCCCUUCGUCAAGGCUAAACCCGACACUAAACCCAAGCGCAGCUGGCCUCAUGGCGGUACCGCGAUGGGUGGGCCCUCUGGCAACGACGAGGGCCAGGUUUUCGACAUGCCCAUCGUCGGAAACUUCUACACCAACGUCGACGAGGAGAGCACGGAUGACCACUCGAUCAAGCUGAAGGACGAGAAUGUCUACCCUCCCGCUCAACCCCCGAUUCACCCCCCGAUCUCACACUCUCCCGCUCACCCGCCGGUUUCACACCCUCCUCCGGAGUUCGUCGACUCCCCUGGCCCUCCUUUCGGCAGACCUGGUUUCCGCGAGGCCAAGCAGAGUGCUCCCGAGGACUACCACAUCCCUGCCGCAGCUUUCGAGAAGCGCUGGGCUCCUGAAGAAGGCGGGACUGCCAUAGGUGGCCCUGGUGGUGGCGAAGGUCCUUUUGAUGGGCCUGCUGGCGGUGAUGGACCUUUCGAUGGACCUGUUGGCGGCGAUGGACCUUUUGAUGGACCUGCUGGCUUCCCUUACCCUAUUCGGGCCGGUGGCACAGCUAUCGGGGGUCCUUCUGGCGAGGAUGACGGCAUCAGCUUUGACAACGGUAUCCACGCUAACUUCCACACCAACGUGAACGAGAACUACCAGGAUGACCACUCCAUCGACCUCAAGCACACCGAUAUCUACCCCCUCCUCCCCCGGUGGAGUUCGGCCGACCUGGCUUCGGUGCGUGGCUGGGAGCCCGAACAGGGUGGUACUGCCAUGGGUGGACCUUCUGGAAACGAUGGGGGCCAAGAGUUCAACAUGCCUAUCAUCGUCAACACCCACACUGAUGUCGACGAGAGCUACAAGGAUGACCACUCCAUUGACAUCAAGAACAAGGACGUGUAUCCCCCUCCCCCUGCCUUCCCCGAGUUCGGUGGCCCAGGUCCGGUGAUCCCCGAGGGUCCCUUCCGUCGUGCCUACUCUCCUAGCUCCGAGAAGCGCACAGCUGGCGACGGCGUUGGUGGUGGCACAGCUGAAGGUGGUCCUUCCGGCGACGACGAUGGUAUCAACUUCGGUACCCCCGACGAUGUUGAUGUCGACUCCAAUGUGAACGAGCACCACGUCGACAACCACGCCAUCAAGGCUGAUACUACCGACGUUCACCUGCCGGAGAUGCCCUGGAUGCCGCACCACGCUCCUCAUCCUGAACCCGAGGCUCCCGCUCCUGACCUCGAACCCGAGGCUCCCGCUCACGCUCCUCACCCCGAACCCGAGGUUGUCCCGGCCCCUGAGCACGAGGAGGCCCCGGCCUGCGCUCCCGAGAUUCACAACAUUGUUCAAACCGUCACGAAGACUGCCACCCAGGUAGUCCGUGAGACUCACACGGUGCACGAUGUCAACACCGUCACCAUGGCCGGUGCGGACCAUGUUGUUCAGGACACUCAUACCGUCUACGUGACCCCCAGUGAGCACGUUGUGCAGGUCACCGACACCGUGACUGCCCCCGCUGCUCACGUCGUCGAGGCUACUGAGACCGUCUACGUUUCUCCCAGCCACGUCGUCGAGACCGUCGCCAUGCCCACGUCGCAUGCCGAGUCGAUGCCGGCUGUUCCGUAUUCUUCCCAAAUAGCGCAGCCGGGCUACAGCAACAGCGUUCAGGCCCCCGCGAGCUCCGCCUACUCUAUGAUCCCCGUCCAGGUUCCUGCGGCCACCCCCUCGUCCUCCAUGGCCACAAUGAUCAUGCCCAGCGAUGUCGAUGCCAUGCACAGCUUCACCCCUUCAGCCUCGGCUACUCCUUCCCAAGGCGUCAUGUUCACUGGUGACGCUGCUCGUCUAUCUGGUGGCAUUGUUUCCGCUGCUGCUGCCUUGAUGGGUGUUCUCGCAUUCAUUCUGUAG